UGCGCUUCAUUUCGUUGUUGUUCUCCAUGAUUUGAAUCUGAAUGAUAUCCUGAUAAUAUGGCGGAACUCGGCAUCAAAAACCCAAUCAAGAGGCGACAGUCUUGGGCUAGUUUUCAUACCCAAGCCAGUCAAGGGUGUUUUCCAUCUAGCACAUGUAACUGGACUACAACCCACGCCGAAUGUUGUUCUGUGUUUUAUUCGGAAGGGGGAGGUAAAGUACCUGACAUGCCCGACUGUCACUGUGACUGUGAGGCUGGUGAUGGAAAAUCAGGAAGCUGUGCCACAGAGAGAUGGUUCUUCAGAGAGCUGGCCAAGAUUCUGUCCAAGAAAGGCCAGUGGGACAAAUUGGAAACGUACAUUACAAACUCUAGUGAGCUUUUUGCAGACCAUCUGUGCGACCUGGAUGUAAACAAUGAUAGUUUGGAGUGCCUUUAUGAAGUGUUUGAACAGGACCAAAGACUUUUGACAGACGAAGAGCAGAGGGUGUUGAGCAGUGUCUUGAGAAAAGUCGAAUUGCUUGGUCCUAUCUUGGCAACAAGUCGAGCCAAAGCCCUAAUCAGUGAAUCAACUAAAGAAUAUGAAAGUCUUGGAAAAGUGGUUACAUUCCUGAAUGUCCUAAAGCAAACCCUUCUUGGAAUUGAUAUCAGUCGACCACCAAACAAAGGGAUGUUUGUGAAUGUGUUUCAGCGGUAUGCAGAUUUAUGUGGUCUGACUUUAAUGCCUGGAUCAUCGUCUGAGCGCACAAUGAAUAUUAUGGGUGCCUGUGUAAAAUCAAGACCAGAUAUGCAGUAUGGAAUGUACUCGGGUGAUAAAUUACUUGUGAUAACCGUUGGUGAGUUUAAACGGUUUGGAAACAUGGUUGAGGAACAAGAUGUACGGAUGCCACGAAGUAACAGAGGCCUACCCCAGAUUAAUGAGGACACUGAUGAAGAUCUUUCUGGACAAUCCUUGUUGAAAAGAUGUAAACUAAGCGACGUUAAAGAGGAAGCUGCAACGGUUACUCUUCCCAGUUUAGAAGAAGAGGCAGGAAGAAGUUCUUCAAAUAUUGACCCCAAUUCAGCUUGUGAACUAGACAGCCAACUCUGUGGGCAGCAUGCGGUUGAACUCUUGCUUGAACUCCCAUUUUCUGCAUUGCAAAAAUUGGGCAACAAAAAUUGUAUGUUUGGACUGAUAGUUCAAGCCACAAAGGUUCGUAUGACAUGCUUGCAUAUGACAGAAAUGCAUCUACAGAAACUCCAGCAAGACACAGCUCAGUCCUUAGAAGAGGAAAAAGCAACAGUGUAUUAUUCCAGACCAUAUGAUUUAUUAAAUCAUCAUGAUCGGAGACAUAUAGAUUACAUCUUAUUGACAUUAUCAUACCUUUCAGAUCAAUGAUUACUGAAAGCUGGAAUUGUUAUGUAUUUAGGGGUGAUACAACCCAGUGCUUCUCUGUAUCUUUUGAGUGAGCAAAUAGCUCACAUGGAUGGCGUUGUGUCAUCCCAUCUUGUCCAUCGUGUGUCACUGCUUGUCCAUCCGUUUGUCAACUAAGGUAGCACCUUCGCUCACUGUCAACAAUCUGGUUUAGUUGUUGGAAGAGAAUUGAGAACAAUCCGGAGUAGAAAGUAUAAAAAGCUAUAUUUCAGUUCACACAUUUGGGUGAUCAGUCCAGAUCUGUUGAGUGCAUGGUUAUGAAAUGUAUGACAACAAAUGUAAUAAUUCCGGAAGAACUCUGAAGAUAUACCAGCAAUGGCCAUUUUGGCCUCUUCAAUGUCAAUUGCAUGGGUGGGAUUACAUAUUAUUUGAAUGAUGAAAACAGUUUGAAUUCUAUCUAAGUAUGCAAAAUUAAGCAGUAAUUAUAUAGAUAAAUGGUCACUACAAUAGAGUCUGUAGAGAUAGAUUGCGCAUGCGCGGGGUUCGGACGCACUUUUAAAAUCGAUCAAGUUUCUGCGAACUAAAACAUUAAAAAACCUAUGAAAAACCUAAAUCUGGAUUCAUCAAACCAUCAGAUCUCCAAGUCAACGAUGUGAAUAAUUUGCUGCAGAAUUUGAAAAGAAAUCGGUCCAGUAUUUUUCACAGUUUGCAUGGAUCAAGUGUCUGACAGCUCUUUCGAGGAUUGUAUUUUCGCGGUUCGCCAUUUUGUUCUUGGUCAUGUUUGUAUACACUAGAAAUGGUGCGGUACGUGCAUAGGAUUGCAUUGCACGAUCUUAGACAUGUAAAGUUCCAAAUAGGAUAGGAUGCUUAUGUUCAAUACCACAUUGGCAGAUCAGUAAAUAGAGAAGCCUUAUAGGAAUUGAGGUAAGGUAGUGACUAUAUAAUCUACUGUAUGCAUGCUGCUUACAAUCGCUCCUGGCUUUUUUGCUGCUGCUUGACUGCUGUUUGGUAAUUAAAUUGUGAUUUGAGCUUCAAAUUUUAUGGUUAGUCAGGCCAAAUGCUGCACUGACUCAGUGACUGUUACUGUUUUUAGUGUUCAUUGCAAAGCUAGAAUAUAAAAUGCCACCAAAGUGCCAAGACUGUAAAGCAACCAAAGGGGUAUCAUAUGCCCAAGGGGACCAAUUUCUAUGCAAAGCAUGUACUGCAAUACGGUUCCCUACCAUGGCCAGUGCCAGUGGUGGUAUACAAGGUCAGCGUAGAGGAUCAAGAUCUUCCAUUCACCUACAAGAUAAGGAAAGCUCAAAAUCUGGCAAUGAUGAAUCUGUAAUUGAAAGUGAACACGUAAACUGUGGCUCUUGUAAGAACAAAGUGGAAGAAGAGCAAGAUGCACUUCAGUGUGAACUGUGUGAAUUUUGGCACCAUGCCAUUUGUGAAAAUGUAUCUGUAGAGAAUUAUGCCUUUCUAAAGAAAAACUCAAAUGAGGAAAGUAGUAUUCACUGGUACUGUCAUAAAUGCAAUAAAUCAGCCGGUAAACUUCUCCAGGCUUACUCUAAACUAGAAAAGAGACAAAGUGUGUUAGAACACAGCCUCACUAUCAUUCGAGAACAAGUAAAUGAAAUACCUCAUAAAAUUAAAGAUGAAGUUAAACUACAGAUAGCGGAAAUGCCAAGUAGUUCAACCUUUGACAAAGAUGCACAAGAUGCACUGGUUUCCAAAAGUGCACGUGAGAUUCAACUCCGAAGCCAGAGAGAGGACAGUAUAGUGGUAUUUAACGUCCCGGAGAGCGAGCAGGAGGAGACUGAACUCAGAAUUGAAGAAGACCGAGAGAAGUUCAAACAAAUCUGUGAUGCCAUUGAUCAAAACGAGGUAACAUUUGGUAAAAUCAGGAGAACUGGCAGAAAAACCGAAGACUAUCCAAAGAAAAUGAUAGUAGAAAUAAAGGACAGUAAGGCAAAAAACCGUAUACUCCG